UGGAAGAGUAUCUCACAAGAUUGCUUGAGAACAUCCCCUGGAUUGGGACCACUGUGGACUGCUGGUCUGUCCACAACAAGUCCUACCUGGGGAUGACUGCACAUCGGCUGGACCCUGAGACCCGUACAAGACGGCACGCUGUCCUGGCCUGUUCUCAAAUCAAACGACAUCUCACCUGUGAUGUUUUCGCUUAGGUCAUGAUAGACACCCAUCGUAAAUUCAAUUUCCGGGACAAGGUGACCAGGACUAUGACAGACAAUGGCAAAAACUUUGUGAAGACGUUUGUACAGUUUGGUACAGAGUCUGAACCCUUGCAAGGCUGCUGUUGAUUCAGAUGAGGAGGAGGUCRUGGAUGUAGAUCCUGAGGCUGGGCGUGUGCAUGACGUGGAGUGCAUCUCUGUUGAUGCCAUGCUCGAUGAGCCCGGUGGCCUGGGCCUCAAACUGCCAGCACACCUGAAGUGCGCCGCUCAUACAUUCAAUUUAGUAGCAAGCGUGGAUGCUAAAAAGGCUCUUGAAAGUGCUUCGUUCAAGUCGGCCUACAGGAAGUUCAUGUCCAAGGCACAGGGCUUGUGGAAGCUGCAGAGCUGCGGCACAGUGGCAAAACGCAAGAUGUCUGAUGUGCUGAAGAGGAGGCUGGUUGUUCCCAACAGUAACAGAUGGAACUCCAUUUAUGACGCUGUUCUUGUUCUCAACAAACUCCUUGAGGAAGAUAGGGCCACUGUCCACAGGGUUAUGAAACAGCUGAAGCUGCAGACAUUCACUGAAUCAGAUGUCCGCUUCCUGAAAGAGUAUACCCAGGUGAUGUCUAGUGUAGUGAAGGCCUUGGGUAAAAUCCAGGGGGAGGACCAGGCGUACAUCGGUUGUCUUCUGUCAACAGUAGCGGCUACCAUGAUGAGGUUGAAGGAAGCCAAGUUAAAACCUCUCCUAUACUGCAGUCCUCUGAUAGACGCAAUACUGGCAGGCCUUACUGAAAGGUUUGGGCUCCUCCUCGAGGACCAGGAGUCUCAGCUGGCUGCUGCCUUCCACCCCAAGUUCCGCCUGUUCUGGCUGGAGCAAUUUGAUAACAGGCAGGUUAGCAGAGUGACGAAGGCCAUGGUGUCUGUCGUACAGACGGCCCUGGGGUCAAUCGGUGAUGAGGGCAGGAAUGAGGAGGAGGAAGAUGAUUUCUUCAGCAUCAUCACUCGGCCCAAAGAAAGCAGGAGCAAGAGGUCACUGAAGUCCAGAGCACAGAGCUUGGUGCAGACCUGGCUGGAGACUAGCUCAAAAGAUGUAAUGACCGACGCUGCCUUUUUGGGUGAGCGGAUAUUGAUUGACUUGUUCACCAAAUAUAAACACACCCAUCCCCUCCAGUGCUGCAGGUGAGCGCCUGUUCUCUAUAGGCAAAGACGUUUUGAGGACAAAGAGAGCCGGCCUAUCUGACACUAAUUUGGAGGUGCAAAUGUUUYUGAAAGGCAACCAGCAUCACAUCGAGGCAAUGAGCAAGACAGUCAGAGUAGACAGUAAACAUGUAGUUAAAGGGGUAAUAAACAGGGAUUAGUUACUUAAACUUUUAAGUGACUAAAAAAGGUUCUGUAUUUUUUUUCUAUUUUUAUACCCUAAUAGACCUUUUGUUUAUUAUUUGAGUAAAACGGUUUUCUCUCAUUUUUGUUUGCCCAAGAUUUUUGAGUUAUGUUUUGAAUAACACAGUUUGUGGCUGUAACU